AUGGACGCCGCCGCCGCCGCCGUCACCACCCUCUCCGCGCUCGCCGUCUUCGCCAGCACGCUCCACCAAGGCGCCGUGCGGAGCGUGCACGGGUACAGGGUCGUCGCGAUGGGAGGGAGGUGCGCGUGGGACCGGUGGGUGGAGCGGGAGUUCGCCUUCUCCCCCACCUCCUGCCGCGAGGUCCCGCUCCCCGCCGCCGCGCCGCGGAUACUCCCGGUCGAGUGGCGCGGCCGCCCGGCGUACCGCGAGGGCCAGGUGCUGGGCGCCUGGCGCUGCGUCCUGGCCUUCGAUUCCAUCGCCGCCGUGCCGCUGCCGCCCACGCCUCCCCCGAUGCUCUGCCCCUUCCGGAACCCGGGGCUGGUGUGCGUGCCUUCGCUGUACAACGACCUGUACAUGGUGUAUCAGUUUCAGAAAUUUCAACAGGCCCCGGAGCUCGUCAAACGUGAUUCGGAUGAGAAAUCGACCCGUUUGGAAGCAGAUGAUAAAACUUCUGAUGUCGAAGUUAAAGAAGAGUCAGGGUCUGAUUCUGAUGAGGAUCCCCAAUCUGGUGAAGAACUUCCAGCACAUGUUGAGAGACGCCGGAGAGCCAAGAAGCAGCACAUAGCUAGCAUCACUCUAGCUGACAUAGCCCCGUACUUCCAUCUUCCAAUCAGAGAAGCAUCCAGGGCUCUGAAGAUCGGAGUCAGCAUACUGAAGCAGAAAUGCAGGCAAUACGGGAUACCCCGCUGGCCUCACAGGAAGAUCAAGUCCCUCGAUUCACUGAUUAGUGAUCUGGAGUUUGUGAUGGACGACACAGAUGGAGAUGUUGUGCAGAAGGAGACUCGCAGGCAGAGGGAGAAGGAGAGGGAGAAGGAGAAGGAGAAGGAGAAGGAGAAGCAGGAGGCGAUCCAAGCGCUGGCUAAGCGGAAGCGGUUGCUGGAGAGCGAGAAGGAGAUCAUCCAGCAGAAGCCUGCCCUGGACCUGAUGGCUGAAACCAAGCUGUUUAGGGAGGACGUUUUCAAGAGGAGAUACAGAGCUAAAAGAUUGCCCGGUCAAUGA